CACAGGGAAUGUCUGUAGUGGAUGUUAUCUAUCAUCGGUGUCAUGCUUUGGCGUCCAUGCUGUGUGUACAAGGACAUACACUGUGUUGUAAUGUGGCCAUGAUCCUGCUUCUCCUAUAGGGUUGUGUCCAACUGACCCCAUGGCACCUUUAUCUUCUCUUGGUCUUCCUCUGUUGCGGCUGUCUGCUCCGUGGUUGGUGAGGUGUAGGCCGGCCAUCGCUGCACCUGCAUGGCAACAGAGUAGAUCCCACCGCCUGUCACCGACUGGUGAUGAAAUGUAUGAGAAGACCACAGUGACGCAUGUCGAGAGAGACUCAGCGGAGAUUAUGUUUGUUGAGAGCUACAGCUCCCUUGGGUUCAUCAUUAAUGGAGACCGAGUGGUGGGGCCCUGUGCGAUUAUACCCAGGAGCAUCCUGCAGUGGAAUGUGGCUUCCUAUAAGGACAUUUCAGUGGAGAGUUUAUCCUUGUUUCAUCUACUGGUUCCCCAAAUAGAAAUCCUGGUACUAGGAACAGGAGACCGUGUGGAGAGAUUAGAUCCCGCCAUUGCCAGGUUUAUGAGAGAGAAAGGAGUGGCCAUAGAAAUUCAAGACACGCCCAAUGCUUGUGCCACAUUUAACUUUCUGACGAGCGAGCGAAGACUCACCGCAGCAGCCUUAAUCCCAGUAUCAGAGUAAAUGACAAUGGACUAUUUAUUAACAUCUGGAUGUGAGGCAGAGGAUGCCCCCAGUU